GUGAGACUGAAAAAGACUAAAAAAGACUCUUUUUUGAUCAAAUAAUAGCCCUGUUACUUACUUUCUUAUUAAUUAAAGCCGGCUUUGAAGGAAUAUAGUCAUACAUAUAUUUACGGAGUGAAACAUUUUCGAUUAAACGUGGGAUUUUUUUUGAAACAAAGUCAAGAUUUUAAUCGAUGAAGUUGAUUGCCUUUGACUUCUCACAAAGAGAAUCCAGGCAAUCAAUGAAGUUCUUGGUUUCGUUUCAGAACAAAUCACUGUUUUAAUCGAAAGUUUUGCACUGCGUGCGUAUAUAUAUAUAUAUCUGUAUGUAUGUUUCUGGGCAAUUUGAUGAUAUUUGUUACAGCCGUUCCUGUGAAAAAUUCGUUAGUGGUUAGGUUCGACUUCAAUAGUUGCACUUAUAUUAUUUCACUAUGAGUACCAAACGAGAGAGUACGUCGCUGUUUUUCCUGAAUAUGCUGUUGACUGGUACCGUAAAAAGUAGAGUUUGUUUAUAUAAUGGCUGUUGGUUUGUAAAUUAGUCAGUUUUGAAGGACACAUCUUUGACAGAAUAUUAUUAUGAAUAAAAUUGCAGAAAUGUUCAGGAACAUGUGGCAUUGAAAAUGAUGAAAAACAAUUUGUGUUAUGAUUAGAAGUGUAUAGUCACUUCAGCACUUAUAGAAAUACCCCUGGGUUGAUCUCACAUGACGAAUACUAUGCAUUCAAUGUUUCAUUGAUGAAAAGAAAGUUUGCGGCAUCUAUAACUGUUAAGAGACAAUCCUUUUUCGUUGUAUAUUUAUAUUUUAAAAUUCAUAAAAAUUUUUACGUUUAUUGAUUAAUGCCAGUCACGAUUACACUAAAUUGUUUUAGCGGUCACUUAUACAAUGAAGGUUCAAUCAGGUUUCACAAUGAUGGUGAAGAAGGGAGGACUUGUUUUUGUUUUUUUUUUGUUUUUUUUGAGGAAGAUCAAUGCGGUAAAUGAUUUGUGCACUUAUCCCACCACUUUACUAGUUUAAAACUCAUCAAAUGGUCGAACUUCAGUCUUAUAACAUUGUGGAGUUCUUUAUAUUUUGAAAUCACAGCUAUUGUGAUUGAAAACUAUUUCCGAUGGUAUUACAUGUUUUUGCUUUUGUUCUAGAUUAUUUGUUUUUACAGUUCAUCUUUUACCAUGCGUAUAAGAAAGACAUAUCGUAAAAAGACAAUCGUUGAUAAAGAAAAGAGAAUUUAACUGAUAAAAAUAGUAAGUUUUACGUCUAAAUGUAUCAUGAAGGUGUGGCCCUUAAUUUUAGCUGAUUACGAACAAAUUUUACCGAUUAUGAUGGAAAAUUCAAAGCAUUCAGAAACUAAAAAUAAUUCUUAUAUUUAUUUGGUAAAAUCAAAAGAAGGACAAUCUGCACAAAAGGGAUUUGAUAUGUUUUAUCAUCAUCUGACGUAAAUGAAGAUAUUCUUACUUCGUUUCUUCGUGAUGAUACACAUGUAGCAGAAGGUAGUGAAGAUAUUAGUUCGUUUUUUCGUGAUGAUACAAAUGCAACAGAAGGUGAUGAAGAUAUUAGUUCUUUUCUUCUGAAGGAUAUAAAUUUACCAGGAAAUAAUCAAAUAAUUUUUGCUAGUCAGCAAGGUCAAAAACGAUCAUUUGAACAUCAUACUGAUAUAAUGGAAAAUGAAAAGCCUCGUCCAAAAGAUCCAAAGGUUAUCCAACAUUUAACUGAAGCAACAAAUACGUCACUUAAUGAUAAAGGAAAUACAAUUUUUCAUCAAGAUACAUCACUGGUGGACAUAAUGAAUAUACUCAAUAUGAAUGAAGAUCAACUUAAAUUAUGUAAUAAAAAAUCAUCAACAGCUACUGCACGUUUAGUAAUAAAAUUUUUGUUUCCACAUCCUGAUUCUAACUUCAGUUAUGUUGAAGCCGAUAAAAUCAUUGUUGAUACAAUCAUCAAAUACACAAAGUUUUCAAAUCCUAAUGAUAAUAAAUCUAAUGCAGAAGUUCGACGAGCAAUUAGUAAUUAUUUUUCGCGUUUAAAUUAUCAAAGAAAAAUAAGAAGAAAUCAUUAA